AAUCACUUGUAUCUCCAACCAUUUAGCUUCAGCGCUUGGUAUGCCAUCGGUAGCUGUUAUAUGCAAUUGGCUGAUGAAGAACUUAUUUGGAGUGCCUCCAAUAUUAUCACUCACAAGGACCGAAUAACUGAAUACCAGGCUAAAGCGUUUCACUGCUUCAUGCAGGCCAUUUACCUGGGAAUAAGUCAGCAAAUACAAGAUGGGAACGAAAAGGACCCCAAUCAUCCAAGUGAACAACAUAGGCUUUUCAAUCUAUACUAUGACUUUGGAAACUUGGAAACUGCAACGUCCCCCGCAGGAGGUGCUGGCUUGGUAUAAACAAUCCGUAGACCGCUGUAAACCUUCUCUUGGCCAACAUGGACAUCACGAAGUCAUUUUAGAACCUAUAUACAAACUAUGCGCUGUCUUGAUCAAAUAUUUGUAUCGUCAUCAGAUCCAACCUAAUGAAGUGGCUAGCUAUCUUGAGGAGAGCGACAAGGAUGAUGGAGAGAAGCAGGAUAGCGACAUGAUGGACCAUUCAGCUAACCACGAUGAGGAAUCAGUGAAUAAUAAUACUGCAGAGAUUCCCAAUUAUCGCGAGAGCCAAAACUCAGAUCACCAUCAUGACAACGACACUGUAGAUGGCGAACAAGAACAUGAAGAGCACGAAGAAACAACUAAAACUAUUCAAAGUUCUCAUAGUAUCGCUCAUCUUAAGUCUGAAGAAGCUGCAGCUUAUCAAUUGAUCUUCGACCGAUUAGCCAUGGUUCGAAAAAUCGACAGGAGACACUGGCAUCAUCGACCUAUAUUCAGACAUGCCUGGAUGCAUUACUACAUUUAUCGUGAUGCUGAGCAAGCCAAAGCUGAUAUGAUGCCUUUAUUUGCUCUCAAGUCCAAUUUAAAGUCGCAUAUUAGCAUAUGGAAACCAGGAUUUGAACGACCAGGAAAGCAUUUUGAAUACGCACAUCAAUACACGGUGUUUAUGAUUGAGUUGGCGCAAGUGACCAAUGAUGCCAACACUCUCAAGAUUCUCUGCCGAAAACUUCGCAAAAACCAGCCUGUUCUCUUAUAUGACAAGGAAAUAUACGGAGCUGCAUAUACUGCAUACCUUGAGGUGAUUCAAAAUUACCUACACAAACAUCACAAUUCACAGCAGAAACAGUCCAGUGUUAUAGGCGUAAUUCCUAAAGCACCUUUCGAGAGAAAAUGUGAUGAGUGGCUUAAGGCUAUUGUGGCCAAGGAACCUAAACCUGAACUGCUGGUGUUACUGACGGACUUGUUCGACAUCAAGAAAUUAAAUCAAGGUCACGUAUCGGACUUGAACAGCGAUGAGCUGAUUCGACAAUGCUUGAUUGCGUUAUUGUUUGCAGAAACAGGAAUCAAACAAGAAUUAGUGGAUGUUAUAAUCCCAGUUGUAGAUGGUAACAGCUUUCGAAUCAUUGAAAGAGAUGGAUCUGUGGAAGACAUCAAAAGGAAUGAUUUGGAGGGACCCAAGGUAAUCCCAGCCAAUAUAUUCCACCAAGCCACUCGUUUAUAUCGCUGGCCCCCUACUCAACGGUCCAAACCUUCUGCCAACGAGACCAACAAGAAUGGGUUGACAACACCAGCAGGGACCGUCAGCUCGGAACCAGGGCUCAAUGAUUCCGGUAGUCCUGCACAGCACCCAGCUUCGACCGCUCCGAGGUCAGAAACUCCGCCUCCUCAAGCAAUGCAAGUGGAUACGGAAGACGAUACAGUACCGGCAAGAAGUUCACUUCCCAUCACUGAUUUACUUAGCUCAGGAUGAACGAGAUUGAAAAGAAUUGGAUCGCAACUGUAAAUAAGCAACAAGCAUUCCUUUUCC